ACAUAUAUAUAUAGCUAAAGCUAGCGAGUGUGAAAGGGUUAACAGUGAGAUGGGAAGAAACCGAUGAAAACUAUAGAUUACGUACACGUAUUAAACGACUACUAACCCAAAAGAAAGGUAGGUAGGUAGGUAGGUAGGUAGGUAGACUUCGUUUUCGAUGGGCCUUGGAGGUCACCGAAAAAGUGAUGCUUGGUUAAUAUAAUCGGCCAUGUCCCCUACCUUUCUCGGAGUUGUGGACAGAAAAAGAGAGAGAGAGAGAGAGAGAGAGAGAGAGAGAGAGAGAGAGAGAGAGAGAGAGAGAGAGAAGUGGACCCAAGGAAAGUCUAACAACAAGGGUGCUCAUCCUCUUCGGUUCGUAUACUUUGCGUUCAUCGACCGUUAGCCUCCUCUCUUCGAGUUCGAACGGCCUUUCCUUUUCUUCUUUCGUAACUAGUCCGUCGUCGUGGUGACGUAAAGAUACUAUUGAUAUCCGUUCGAGUCAAGUAAAAUAAAAUUUAUUACUUUCUAUAAUCGUUAAAGAUGCUGCGUAUGAUUUAUAUGUCACAUAUAUAAUAGUCACAUACAUAUACAUACAUAUACAUAUACAUACAUAUAUAUAUAUAUAUAUAUAAAAAGAUUAACAAAUAAGAUACUUUCAGAUAUCAUCGAUGAUAGAUACGCGUACUUAUUUAUACGGCAAGUUCUUUCUACAAAUCGACGAGGGAAUAUCAAAGAUUAACGCCAUAUUACAUACAUCCCUCAGUCUUAUGUAAAACCGCAGGAUGUGAUAUGUCACUCACCUGUCGUCCAUAAAACUUCAACUGCUGUAACAAGAUACACUAAUACGUCCUGUCCUCUCCUCUUGCUUCUGUCUAAUAAAUAAAAAAGAAAAAGAAACAUACAAAAAAUAUAAAGAAAAAAAGAAAGAAAGGAAAGAGAGAAAAUAGCAUCUACAUAAUACAUACAAAUAAGAAGAAACGUGCUUCUCUCUUGUGGUUGUGUACCCACGUGAAGACAUGUCAUCGCCAACGAGUUAGCGUCCAACGAACGACCUUGAAGGCCUGGUAAUCAUUUGAAAGAAGAUACAAAUCUAACCCGAGCGCUAGCAUUCAGUCUUUGCGGAUUGAAAUCUCCCUUACCGGAUCAUCAUGUGGUCCCUCAAAUUGGUAAUAAUCCUGACGACAAUCGUCUUCGUCACGAGUUAUGCCAAAGAGGAAACGACCAAGAAUCGAGACAAGAGACAACAGAUACCUUAUCAUGCUAGAAGGGGUGCUAGACCACCGCCUUAUGCCGUUCAAAUGGAACCAAUCGUUCAAUAUUCUCAACGAGAUCCUCUCUAUAAUCCUUUGAUAAAUUCGAAGAGCGACGAUCUUGGUAUAUACGAAGAGAAUCCAUCGAGUUAUUAUCAAUCGGAACCAGAGCCAAUUAUUGAGAUUAUCAUUAAAGAAUCCAACGAAUCUUUGCCAACUCCGGUACCACCUCCGACUCCACCGCCGUCGAGACCAACGAAAGAACCAAUACAAGUUUAUUACGUAAAGUAUGAAAAGAAAGGAGGCUAUGGAGAGAAAUCUCGAGUCGUCUACGAUCCACCCGUACGUGCUUUGACACCGGUAGAAGAACACGAAGAAAUCAAACCCAAGCAUCAUAAGGAAGAACCUAUUCAACCGGUAACUCCAUCACCUCCAGAACCAUCGACCACUUUAAGAGCUAUCAUUCGACCGGACAGCGAGACUUAUCAUUCCGGUGGUAGCGGAAUCCGUGUUACCUUUGGAACGGAACAAUUACCACCUAACAAUCAUAACAAACGUAAUGACAUUGAAGCUCCGGUUUCUACUCAAGUUACAAAACCUCAUUCUCUUGGUUCUGUUGCACCUGGUACACCUAAACGACAACAUGGUCCUUAUCAGCCUUUACAGCCUGUACAGCAAAGAGUACCACCUGCAUUUCCACAGCAAAGAGUCGUUAACUCUUUUCAACCACCGCUAUCUUUAAUUCCACAACAACAGAUUCAACAGCAACAACAGCAGUUACCUUUGAAGUUUCUACCACAACGACAGCAACAAUUCCCACCUGCUUUAUCAGUGAGAAAUCAAUUGCAAAGACCACAGCAACCAUCGUUACCAAUUCAAAGUUUGCCUGAUCUAUCGCAACGAGCACCGUCCACUGCUUUCGGUCCUCCUCAUCGUAUUAGUAUAAAUCAUCCUCAACAGCCAGGACUUCCACCGACGCUAUCGGUUUCUCAUCAAAGCGUGCAAUUACAAAAUCAACCGCUUGGACCUAUUCAACCUAAUUUCAAUGUGGAACGAAAACAACCUCAGCAACAGCAACAACAACAACAACAACAACAGCAACAACCUCCGAUAUUUUCGCAACAAGAACAAGAGAAGCAACGAUAUCACGAACAACGACGUCAGCAAGAGGCAUUGAAGCAACGCGAACAUCAACGGCAACGCGAACAGCAAAGACUUCAGGAACAUCGUAGACUCGUGGAACUACAGCGACAAUUCGAUCAACAGAGGCAUAUAGAACAGCAAAGACAGGUGGAACAACAACAGAGACAAGUGGAACAGCAAAGAUUGGCGGAUCAACAGAGACUCGUUGAACAACAGAGAUACGCGGAACAACAAAGAUUGACGGAACAACAGAGACUUGCGGAAGAACAGAGACUGGUGGAACAGCAGAGAUUGGCUGUUGAACAGCAAAGGCUACAGGAACGUCAAAGAUUGCAUGAACAGCAUCGAAUUCAGGAACAAAGAAGACGUAAACAAGAACACGAACAAAGACUCUUGCAAGAGCAACAAUAUCGUACAUCUUUGAAAUAUAAUCAGGCUAUUCCUCCGCAAGGUGGUAUUCCAGGUCAACCUCCAUUACCUAUUCAAAAGCCAGAAGGAGAAAUCUUUAAGGCCGUGCCAAAGUUGGAACAACAUUAUGCGAUCAGAGAGAAUCCGUUACAUCCAGGCCCGUUCCCACCGAAUCCAGUACAAUUAUCGUCUUUUCCAGAAAGUUCGUUGAAUCAGUACCAGGCAACGCAUCAGUUAAACACUUUACAAGAUUCCCGACAAAUCGUGGGAGGUCAAUCGAAUCGAAUUUUGAACGACGAAGUACCACGACAGUUACAACAACAAAUUGAAAAUCAACAAGUUCCCUCGAGUCAUCGACAUUUAACGUUUAAUCCAGAUUCGCUAGGACAUCAACAAACGCAGCUAUCUUUGACACCAUCUAUAAACACUCAACAACAACAACAACAACAGCAACAUCGUCAAAGAGAACAACAAUCUUUCUGGGGACGUUCACCCUCUCAAAACAACGAUAUACAAAAGUCCCAAACAAUUUACGCAACACCAGUUAGUAUCCCUUCUGAAUUCGGAUCAUCUACCGGCAGGACAUCCUACAGGAAUACUCCAUUUUCUAGCAGUAGCACGACAACGACGACGACGACUACUACGACCACAACUACCACCGAAGCACCAACGACAACUACUCUAUCACCGAAAAACGAAGCAAAGAUCAAAGAGAACAUCGCAAAUUUACCGGACGAAGUACCAGACGAUAUAAGGGAACAACUUUUGAGUUCCGGUAUUUUAGGUAACGCUGACAUACAAAUACUUGAUUACGACAAGGUCGGUGGCAUACCAAUCGAGAAACUACCGCCCGAGGCAUUGGCAAAUUUCUACGGUGCUGGAGGUGCUUCCGCAGUGGCAGCGAGCGAGCCGAUACCGUCUAUCAUUAAAAAACCUGAAACUUCAUUGUCCAACGAAGACAGCGUUUCUGCUGGCACCUCUCAAAGCGUUACUUCUUUAUCGAAAUACGAACCGCCUAAUAAGGAAAUGAUGGAGAGCACGAUCAUGGGAAGAACCAAGAUCGAGCAGGCCACUUUGAGGCCAGGUGGUGUAGAGAUGAAAGUAGUACGGUUCGAUCCAAGUACGGAGCAAGGCCGAGCAGUGGCCGAGCAACAUAUACGAGCUGACGCGACCAGACUCGAACCGGUCACUAUAGGUCCGGAAAAUCACGACCAAUACAAUCGUUACUUGCCGCUUAAAGUAAGCGGUGCUUCGUUUCCUAUACCAGAUGUACCCGAUCUAAAAGAUCGAAAAAUAACGAGCGUGGUCGUACUCGCACCGGUUGAUUAUCGUUUUCAGGAAAAGGAUAAAGGUCUCGAAACUAGAGAGGACAGAAAGAUCGAUGAUAUACAGGCUGUUAAAUUUUUAGCCGGCGAUACGCUCAAACAACUCGUUAAAAAGCCUACUCUAGAUAAUUAUAAAAAGUGGUUGGAACAGGAAACUCGUACCGAACCUCAGAGACAAUCUGUUGUAUUAUUAAUCACCAUGCCGUCCAAUGAUCAAAGUAAAAACGACAAGGAGAUAUUCAUGUACGAUGUCAAUUCGCAAUCGGUUAGCAAAAUGUCUGGGGAUUUAUCGACGGCCUUUGUCGAUGCUGCCGAAAGCAACUCGGACAGUACCGAUGAUUUUACUGGAUUUUAAACGAUCGAUCGUGAUUAAUCAUCUCUCUAACGAUUAUAUCAUUAUUUAACGUCUUUGAUUAGGAUCUAAUCUCGGAGUCUAAUCGAUUAAUAUCAUCGACCGCAUUGAGAUUUGUCAAUAUUUUUUGUACCUUCUAUUUCGUUCUUUUUCUUUUCUUUUUUCUCUUUUUAUUAUUAUUAUUAUUAUUAUUAUUAUUAUUAUUAUUAUUAUUAUUAUUAUUAUUAUUAUUAUUAUUAUUCUCUACACGUAUCAUAUACAAUCGUAAUAACGUAUGUAUAUGUGCAUGUAUAUAUGAGAGAGCAAGAGGGAACUAUCGAAUCGAGGAUGAUGAUUUCAUGCGGAUAACGAAGCAAAAGCGAAAGUCCUGUAAGCUAGAAAUAGAAAACGUAAGGAAAGUUUACACGUGAGGAAUACACGGCACCUAGCAACGGCCAUUUCUCGGAAUGACGAAUCACCAUGUCGAGAAAUAUAUGUUUAUUAAAGGGAAAAAAGGAAAAAAAAAGAUCACACAAAAGAGAAACAAAACAAAAGAAGAAAAAAGAUCGAACACCCUCCCGAACAAAAAGAAAAUAAAACAAGAAAAAAAAACAGGGACACCGCAAGAUAUUUCACAUGGAAAAACACUGAUAAAACAACAUGGAAUAUGACAUGAGGAUGAUGAUGACGACGACGACGACGAUGACGAUGAUGAUGAUGAUGAUGAUGAUGAUGAUGAUGAUGAUGAUGAUGAUGAUGAUGAUGAUGAUGAUGAUGAUGAUGACGAUGAUGAGAGUACAUACUUCUUGUAGAUAUAUUAACGAUGUAUGAUUAUGUAUAUAACGCAGAUCUUUUUUUACAUUUUUAUACGAAAUAAACGCAAUCCUUUUGUACGUGGAUAUUGUUAACUUUCUGUGAAUUCUACGAAAGGAUCGAACGAAAGUGAGAUCUUCUCACGUGCGCACACAUUCAAACACCCGCACAAGCACCCAUACAGACAUACUACCACCCUUUCCCGUCCCACCUUCCCUCUCUCCCUUCCUCCUUCUUCUUCGAUAUAGGUGAAUGGAUUCAUUUGAAAUUCUAUGAAAUCGCAUAGGAAUAUUGCAAGCAAUUCACUUCUAUUUUCUACGAGUUCAACUCGUCUUGGCUCGUGAACUUGACGAAUAAAGAAAUAGGCUAUCUUCAUUAAACUUUCAUCGUUUCUACGUCGGAAUACACGUUACAUGAUUGAUAAAAAGAAUUUAUAAUAAUAAUAAUAGUAAUAAUAAUAAUAACGAUACUAAUAAUAAUAAUGAUAGUAGUAGUAGUAAUAAUAAUAAUAAUAAUAAUAAUAAUAAUACAAUUAACAGAAUAGUAACAGUAAUAAAAAAAUCAUGAUAGAAAGUUUUAAUUUCUCACGCUUUUAAAAACGCCAUGACGCUAGUCAAAUUGAAUGAAUCGAUACUUACGAAUGAAAUAUCGAUUGAGAUCGAGAUUGUGAUCUAUUGAAGA